CCCUAAUGGUUUCUCUUUCGUCUGAGAUUAGUUUGGCUUAGGACAACUAGCGUGUUUAUUAAAUUACGGCGAACUUUAUAGUGUUUUAUUUUUAUGAAGUAAGUGCCAAUGAAUUAGGAAAAAUGAAAAAAGUGAUACUUUUGGGAAUUAUAAGUGAACUUCUACUUCUGGUUCUAUCACAGCAUGCUAAUCCACUGAAAGACCCACUCAUUUGUGGUAUACCAACAUGUUCGAUUACAGGUCACAAAUUCAAGUAUACACCACAGAAUUACUUUAUCUACAAGUAUUCGAUCGAGGCCACCAGUAUAUUUAACGGAACAAGUAAAAACGAAUCGACGUUGUUCAUAGAUGCUGACGUAACUCUUAAUUUUUUGACCCCAUGCGAUGGUUUGUUGGCCAUUUCAGAUAUAAUAUUGAGCGAAACUGCCCCGGGAGACAAUGAGAAAAUUCCCACUUCGACUAAUAGUCAGCUAUUUUCUGACAUGAUGAGGGAACAUACACUUAGGUUCGCUUUCAAAGACGGAAUUAUCUAUGAAAUAUGUCCAGAUGAUGAUGAGGAAAACUGGCCUAUAAAUUUCAAGAGGGGCAUUUUAUCCAUGAUUCAUAAUAGUAUGAAGAGAUUUGACUUGGAUUAUUCUGGCGAGGAAGAAGACGUUAGAGGUAUUUGCUCAACUGAUUAUAAAGUAAUCGGUGCUAAGGAAACAAGCCUACUUAUCGAAAAAACGAAAAACUUGGAAACUUGCAGAGAAAGAAUUAAAGUUAACUCCAUUGUUCAGUUUACUCCUGUAUCAAACUUUCAUUCGAGAACACGGAACGAAGACAUAUUAAAAUCAUCAAGUCGAUGUGUUAUGUCCAUCGAUGAAAAUAUCUAUAGCGAUAUAGCCUGCGAGGAGAAUUAUGUCUUAGAGCCAUUUUCAAAUAACGCCGCCGGCGCCAGCACGAGAGUUAUUCAAAAAUUAACUUUGAAAGAACGCGGCGAAAAAAAAUUAAGUGAAGAAAAUAAGAUAUGGAGGCGAACAAAUUUGAAAUUCGAUCAUUCGAUUCCUAAGCAACCAACAAUUGGGGAUCUGAGAAUAACGAGGGAUUUAAUCAAAAAAUUAUGCAAGGAAAGUCAACAUGAUUCGCAAAGUGAUUUUUCUGAUUUCUUUGGAAAGUUCAUUUAUGGAUUAAGAAGCUUAUCCUAUCCAGCCUUGACAAGCCUUUACGCCCAUAGCGGAGCUACAUGCCCUUCAGCGAAGGAGCACGUUUUGGAAGCCCUUCCCUACAUAAAUACAGCUGGAUCCUUAGGACUCAUGAAAGAUAUAAUCCUUGCAAACACUCUAUCAGAAGAUACCUUAGAUAACUGGAUGAUGUCCAUAGCUUUUAUAUCUAAUCCAGAUAUAGACAUGAUAGAAGCAGCCUAUACUAUUUUAAAAGAAAACCCAUAUUCUUCGAAAACAAACAUUUUUUUGAGUAUAGCCUCUCUAACCCAUACAUUUUGUAGUCAGAAUUCUCAUUGUGAGAAGCGAGCUUCAAUAUACUCGAUAAUUCAGCAUUUCGAGCAUAAUUUUUUGGAACUCUUGGAAGAUGACACUGCCAAUAGGGAAGUACAGGAUCAGGUCAUAGUGACACUCAAGGCAUUGUCUAGCAUAGGAGUGAUAUCAGAGAAUUUCGCAGCGGAACUUUUUAAAGUUGUGAAUUAUUCUAAUCUGGACGUAGGUAUACGAGUGGCUGCUCUAGAAACUUUUAGACGACUGCCUUGCGAGAAGCACAGAAGUUAUUUUGAAAGUAUAUUCGAGGAUCAAGAGCAAGAUAGUGAAGUUAGGAUUUCGGCAUAUCUCCAAGUGAUGAGAUGUCCCAGUUAUUUGCUGAUUCGGACGAUCGCGUAUAAUCUAAGAAACGAGGAAGUUAAUCAGGUUGGUUCAUUUGUGUGGUCACACUUACACAAUAUCAUCAAAUCAGCAAAUCCAUUGAAAGUUGAGAUUCAAAGUUUGCUAUCAGAAGAAGAUUUAAUUGAAAAAUUCAGUGGAGAUAUCAGAAAAUUCUCACAUAAUCGAGAAUUUUCUUUGUACUUUGAUGAGUAUAAUUUUGGUGGAAACUACGAGUCUAAUGUAUUAUUUUCACCCUCAUCCUAUAUACCGAGGAGCGCCAUGGUAAAUCUCACAGUUGAUUUAUUUGGGAAAUAUGUCAACCUUUUAGAGGUACAGGGAAGAGUGGAGGGCUUUGAGCACUAUUUAGAAUCGUUUUUUGGACCCGGGGGACGGGCCAACGUUAUCAAAGAAAAAAUGGAGGAAUAUAAAAUGAGAUGGAUUAGAGAAGCAUCAGAAAAAAACUUAGUUGAAAAUAACGUGCAGGACAUCGCUGAUGCCGUUGAUAAUUUGGAAAAAAAUCCCAAAGUGGCACUUGGCAUCAAAAUCUUUGGAAAUGAUUUGAAAUAUGCGACUUUCAAAGGCGACGGAGAAAUCAAGCAAGCGAUGGAAUAUUUCAAUAUUCUGACCUAUCUGAAACAGAUUCUAUCUGGAAAGGAAAUUAUGUACAAGAAAGCCACAAUGUUUCUUGACAGCAACUACGUAGUUCCCAGUGGAGCUGGGCUCCCGUUGUUUAUCUCAGCUUUGGGCACAGCAUCAGUCAAUAUCAAAUUAUUUGGUUCUUUAAAAGCAGCUGGUUUCUCUCAAAAAAAGGAACUAGAUUUGGUAGCUAAUUUUGAACCAACAGCUGCUAUAGAUAUCUCGGCUGAAAUGUCUUUGAGCGCCUUCUAUGAAAGCACGGGAAUCAAAUUGAAAACAGAUAUGCAGUCUUCUAUUGCAGUAAAAGGAAAUAUCGAAAUAAAGGGUGCCAAGCUAGUCAGCGUCAAAUUCAGUUUACCGAAGAAAAAUGUUAAGAUUUUUGGUGCCAGAUCUGAGCUCCUAGUUAGACAAAAAAAUAUUGAAAACCCGCAAACUGGUCUCCAAAAAACUAGUGUUUCCAACUCCAUGUGCUCAUGGCCUGCCAUUUCUGAGGCUAUUGGACUAACACUUUGCACUGAUUAUAGCUAUAGAAAUUCAACAAGCAUAUUCAAUGCUCCCGACUUCAUUUUGGCGGGACCAGCAAAUUUUCAAAUAUACGUUCAGAAAUCAGACCCCACAGCUAACAUAUAUUUGUUUGAGUAUAAAUGGAAACAAGCUCAUGAUUUGGAUGUAAUCUCUCUGACAUUUGAUACACCAGGAUCCGAAGUAAAUAGGCUUAUGCACAGUAACUUUACCAUGAGUAAGGAUGGUCAUAACUUGACAAUGUUGAUGCAAUCUUCUAGUGGUAUUAUACUUGCAAGGGGUGUUAUAAAGAAUACAGAGGAGCAAAAAGUUUUUCAAAUGGUGCUGGACAUAAACGAUAAAAAACACUUCGAUACCAGUGUCGGUUAUGAUAGAUUCAAGAAAGUCAAUGGCUAUAUCUAUAAACCGAAACUGUAUAUUGGCGUCAACGGGGAGCGUGUUGUAGAACUAAAAGGUACCGUAGAUCUCAUAAGCAAAAAGGAUAUAUCACAAUAUACACUGGAUCUCAAAUUUCAUACAAAACGACUUACGUCCAAGUUAUUUGGAUAUAUUUCUAAAACAGACUCAUCGAUUGGAACUGAUUUGCAUAUGGAUUAUAAAUUUAUAAAUACGAAAGAGCAGCGAGUAUCCUUAAAAUUCAGUGUUGCAAAUAGAUCCAGGAAAAAUCUGGCGGUUAUUUUGGGAACUUGUGACAUACAAUCCACGGCAUAUCCAAAUUAUAAUUUCUUCAGCAAUGUUACAUUUCAGAAAAGCGGCAGUCACUUGGAAUUUAACGUAGACCUAAUUCAGAAUCCCCUGCCUCUAAAUGAUACUAAUUCAGAUUUUGAAAGCCUUAAAUUUGAUUUUAAAUUUUCGCACAAGGCUUUCACCGAUAAUAAACAGACAAUUAAGGCAAUAUCUACUGUGAAGCGUAAAUCUAGUAAUUUGGAUAUGAAAGGGAUAUUUUUUUAUGAAACUGCAAACUUUGAUGUAAAUAUGGAAUGUGCCGUGAAUUAUGGCGACAACAAGCAAGCUGCUGUUACAAUAUUUUGGUCUCAUCCACGUACUACAAUGGAAGAAAUUAAGGCACAUCUUAACAUAACUGUGCCAACGUUUACUCCAAUGAUUUUAAAAGUUGAAAUCAGUGAAAUGCAGAACCGCGACUACAGACUUGACAUAAGUGGUACGUGGUUUAGUGGUCAUAGUGCCCAUGCUGUAGGCAUUUAUCAGGACUCUAGUACUGCUCUAGCGUCUAAUCAUCAUUUGAAAGUUUUUAUCAAGUCUCCGAGCUUCAAAGAUGUCAAUGCGGACCUUUUGUUUUAUAGAGAUAAUGAACAACUUAAGAUUGAUGUUGAGGCUAUUCAUGAAGAAAAUGACUACCAACUGUUUAUAAAUCAUAAUUCAACAUCUGACGAAGAGAUGCACACAAAUGUCAAAAUAAAAUGCGGUACUAGACUCUAUACCCUCAACACUGCCAUCAAUCGAGGGGAGCACUUUAAGAUAUCCACGGAACUUCAUAUUGAUCAGCUGAGGGAUGUGGAAUUUUCCGUUUGGAUUUUCAACGAAGAAACACAAAAGGCUCUGGGAUUCGAUAUAAACUGGGACGCCAACAGAGAUCCGAGUCAAAAAUUGUUGGUUGCAGCCAAUUUAUCGACUGCCGGGGACUUAAAUUACAACGCAGAUCUAAUUGUUAGCUAUCCAGGAAGGACUAUCAUUGGAAAUUACGAAUUUCUAUUUGAAAAGGGUCACAUCGAUAUGCUGGCCAGUAUCUCAUGGGAUGACGGCAAAUCAUUGGCAAUUAAUUUCAAUGCCAAGUACAGAUAUGAAAACGAAAUAUUCUUUGGAAUGUCUUUUGGACUAAAUACACCGGUUGAUUCUUGGAAAAAUAUAAAACUGUCAGGAGUAUUUGAACAUAUAGGCAACAAAUAUGGCCUUAAUGGAGCUCUCACAUGGAACCCUAGACAAAAAGUCGCCAUUGAUUUAUACGGAGAUUAUACUUCGAAAGGCCCGAAUUUCGACUGCAAAUACAGUUGUUCUGUGGAAAGCACUCUAAGUAAUAUCCCUUACGUGAAUACAACUGUACAACAUUCUCAAAAUUCCACUGAUUACAAUACAAUUGUUUUUUUUAUGUAUAAUCCAGAUUUUUUGAUUGAUGUCGAAAGUAUGUGGAAGUUACAGACUAACGAAAUUUUUUCAAACCUGACCGGCACUGUUAAAACAGUCACUCCAUUUAAAGGAUUUAAAAAAGGAGUUUUUGUUAGCAAGAUCUUCUAUACUGCUAAUAAAUAUUUACGUGGAGCAGCAGAAAUUGAUUUGGAUCAUAAUAAAAUACUGAUUGAUAUGGAAGGCAAAUUCAAAAAACUAAUAGACAGCAUGUUUGUUGCAAAUAUCACUACUCCAGAUGAGACGUACGAAUGUAAAUUUAAACUUUCUAAGAAAGACAGGCAUUUUAUUGCACUUCUUAGCUAUCCAACGGGACAGCUAGGAACUGAAGUAUUAGUUGUGUUGAACGAUUUGACGGAUUUUAAUGUGAAACUUUUACUAGCAACUCCAGUGGAAUUUUUGCAGAAAAUUUUGAUUAUUGCAAAACUACAACCAAAAGAGGCUGACUUCCGUAUAGGCUGGAAUUCACUUUUGUUGGGAUUUUCGGGGCGAUGGUAUUAUAGUAAUAUCAUUGACUUCCUGUACACAUACAGGAUUUAUACACCCAUAAAGGAUUUUGAAGACAACGGCAUUGUGGCGAAACUUAUAUUCAAAGAGGGUUUAGACUUUGAAAUGUCAUGCAAACUGUCCUUAUUCAAGUUGGGAGUCAAGCUGAUAGGAAAACCUAAACCAAAACUACUAAAGGAAUUGGGCGUUAAUAUUAGAGACGUAUACUAUUCUCGACCAGUUCUCCGUGAGAGCGACAAAGAUGGCGAUUUUCUCAGUUUGGAAGGGUUGAUAGAAGUGGAUGCAAUUGUAUUCCCGACUAUGAAGGGGCUAGUUGAAAUAGAUCAGAAGGGUGCUGUCUAUGUACUCCAAUCUAAGAUCCAUCUACCUCAUGGAAUUGCCACUAUUAUUGACGAAUUUGAAUAUGUAGAUGUUUUGUCUAUGAGCAAUACAUUACGUAUAGUGACUCCGUACAAGCGUUUUAAAACUCUAAAGUCUGACUUCAACUUGCAAUUUAUCCAAAAUCAACGGUAUAUGUUUCAUCUUAACUUGAGAUAUGAAAACAAUUCGGUGCCGAUAAUAGCCGGCGUUUUAGCAGAAUACAACGUGCACCGGCAAAAUAUUGACGAAAGAAUUUACAACGUUACUCUUGACUUAGAUACCCCCUUUAAAGCUUUUCCAAAGUUGAAAUUGUUUGGGGCUUUUGAAACGGAGGAGAAUUUUUAUCGCACGAAGCUAUUAUUCACAACAAACAGCAGUGAUAUAUCUCUGGACGCCACCACGGAAACUGACGACGGUUGGAUGGGGCUUACAUCAGACUUUCAUGUGAAAAGUCCAAUAAUUAACGUACCAGAAUGUCAAAUAAGAUUAACCAAAUUAUCAUCCUACUCAAAUAACUAUGUUGAAAUACACCUGAAAGUACCAGAUAAAUUGAAAUCCGAGGUUUAUUUCAGAACUUCCUGGCUUUUCAAAGCACUAAAUCAGUUUAGGAGCACAUUAGAACUAGAAACUCCGUUUACAGGCCUUGAGAGCACUAAGGUCGGCUUGGAUUUCUUAUCUAGGAACGAAAGAACAACUUUGUGGGCAUACUUCCAUGUCCAUCCCAUUGCAAGCGAAUUCAACUCAACUUUUGAAAACGACCUUCUCACCAGUGCUGCGCUGAUUAAAUUUGGGGACAAAAUCUUUCCAGUGAAUAUCAACUGCAAAAUUCUGGCUUCGUCUCAAAAUCGGCGUGAGCUUAAUGGAACUUUAUUACUCAGAGAUAAAGUAUUCAAAAUAAAUGGGAACGCCAACCUUAUACGAAGUUUACCAGUAAAAGUUUUAAUCACUUUUACCCCGCAAGAUAAUAGCACUCCUUUGACUUUUCAAUACAAUCUUGAAACAACUUUGAAAGGCUAUGGAUUAGUUGGUGCUUUAAGUUAUGCCAACAGAUUGACCCGUUUUAGCGGCAAUGCCACAGUAGACGAUACAUUUAACUGGGAAGUUAACUUAAAGGUUGAUCCGCCAGAUUCCAUGCUAAAAGUAGCAGCUCGAGUAAUAGCAAAAUCCAUAAGGAACGGUGCGUCAUUAGAUACUGAAAUAACCACAAACAUGCCCAAUAAUGAACUAUCCAAGUUUGGCAUAAACUACAGGAGAGAAGAUACUAUAUUAAAAAGUAAUGGCUACUUUUUAAUAGGAUACGUUGAAGGACGCGCUAAUGUUGAUUUAACAUAUGUAUAUUUGGAAGAUAUGUGCCUCAGGGGAAUUGGCAAUUAUAAAAAUCAACAGUUCAAUAGCUCGUCGCAAGUUGAAUUAUUUUACAGAAAUCCAGAACAAGCGUUCAAAGAAUUAACCACUGGAGGUGAUCUGAAAAUCGAUGAUUUAUGGGAGGCAGGUACCAAUGCAUCUCUAAUGCUCCCGUCCAAAAACAACCUAAGCUUUGAAGGAUACUUAAAAAUUCCUAAUGACUAUAGAGAAACUCAUAGUCUAUUUGGAAAAUUGAUUUAUGGCACAGGACUAAGUUUUAUUGAUUAUUUGGUAAAAUACAGAAGUACAUAUCCAACUCGCAAAUAUGGUUUAUGGGGAGAGGUCUUGUUGGAAACUAAAAAAAAUAUUUCCGGGACUGCUAUAGUUGAAUAUGAUGGUCAAGAAUAUUAUAAUAACGUCAAUUUAUUGCGUCAAGAGAAAGCCUUUGAUUUCUUAUAUAAAUUGAAAGUUCCAGAAUUCCCAAGCAAAGAUUUUUUUGUAGGCCAAGUAAUGUACAAUGCUCUUAAUGAACAUCAUAAUAUAACAUGUAAAAUGUUUCAUCCAGAAGAUGUAUUGCUUGCCUUUGGCACCAUAGAUUAUGUCGAAUUGGCAAAUAUGUUCGGUAUUUUUAACAUAUCUGUUCCAUACAAAUCGCUGAAUUUUAGCGGAGCUCAUUUUAAAUCUGAGACAACAAGCAAUUUCCACAAUCGGUAUGUAAAGUUCUUUUGGGCCAAUAACAGUGCAGUUUUAGACAGUAAAUGUGACAUACAAACAGGCAAUACCCCCUCGAAAAAGAACUAUAAAGGAGAGUUGCAUGUGGAAUUGCCCUUGGCAACAAGACAUAUUGGAGAUGUCCAUUAUGAAUACGACAAAAAGUCCGAGAUCAGCACAGGCUGGGCCACAGUGCACUAUAAUGGAGGAAACGUUCUCGAAGGAAAGUAUAAUUGCCUGACGAAAUCACAGGCGGACGAAGAAAUCGAUACGAUUCAUGUAGAGCUGCUAAAUAAGAUGGUCCCCAUUGGUGCCGACUAUGUUCACAAGCAUCCAACCAGGACGCAAAAGGACGGUUACAAUGUGUUAACUCUGGAUAGCAAACACCUCCAACUCUAUCAUCUCCAAAACCGCUCGAAGUUUGAUUUGACUGGGGAAAUUAAUGUAGAGACACAUCAAGACGGCCAGGCUUAUAUUCUGACCGCUACACAUUUGAAUAGAACGGUUAUCCUUUCAGCUGACUACUCUAUUCAAGACCAAGAAUACAAACAACAUUCAAGAUUGGAACUUAGUCCUAGCACUUGGAUUGAAUAUGACUUUAGCCUUAUCAAUAAAACCACGGAUGACAUUUUUGAUGUCGAAAUAUUCGUUAUUAAUAUGUCAUACCCUCGACGUAACUUCAGCAUCCAAGCUUUCUACAAUAUAAGCGAUUCGCUUGUUUCCACCGAUAUUUCGCUCGUGUGGGACAAAGAUAACAAAUCUGUUGAAGCUGCCCUGGACUGGAGGAAAAUUGCCUUGCACAGAGAACAAAUGAUACUUUUGCUUAAACAUCCGUCAUUCCAGAAAGAUGUCUCGUUGGUCAGUACAUACGGCUACGCGAACUCUACGUUGGACGGCAAAGUUGUAAUCGAUUACGCAACGAUUCCAGAACAGACCGUUACUUUUGGAAUAAGGGCGCAGAAUAAAUCGAGAGUGCAGGCAUAUAACUAUACAUACAAUAUUUGGGCUGAGCACAAUGCUACGAAUUUAUAUUUAAACUGCCUUGGACAUAUUCAUUGGAGCCCUAGGAAAUGCGGAACGGAGCAUAUUGUGGAUUACAAGAGGUCUUACUUGUCUUUAUCACGGUCCUUUGCCCUGGUCAAAGUUGAUUCGGAUUUGAACGAUAUUCUUCUGAAAAAAGAAGAUAUUAUCGGAAAAUCGCAUUUUUGGGGGCGAUAUGAUGGACGAUUUCCGUUAUACACAGCCAAUAUGACUUCAGCUCACGGAAAUGAUCAUACUUCUGGAAAACUCUAUGUAAAUUUCGACGAAAAGUUGCUCUCUGUCAACGUUAAUUUAACUGAAGAUGGAAGUCAAAGUCUACAUACUUACGGCGUAAUACCCGAUGCUAGGAGUGUAACAUUCGAAAUAUGGCGGGAUUACGAAGACAAGCGGCUAAGUGACGUAUCCUAUUAUCUAAAACUCAAUCACUCCAGAUUAAUAAUGUCCGAGCUGAAAUGGCGCCCUGAACUGAUAAACGAUGUCCAGAAUGGGAUUCGUUCAAAAGCGAUGCAACUGUAUAACGACGCUUUGGACCAAGUGAAUAAUACACGGCAAUACGUUCGAGUCGAAUCAAUGGAGGCGCUUGAUGGAAUUUGGCAGGACGCUAAACCGAUAAUGUCAAAGUUUCUUAUUGAUUUAAGGAAUCUCACUGUCAUAGAAGAGGAUCUGGGCUACUUGAAAAUAUUUCUGAACGAAUCCUACCACAAUAACGACUUCCAUAUUAAAAGUAUUUGUACAGUGAUAAUGACACUUUUUGACGAUUUGUCAUUAAAAUCCCACUUACAGUCUUUGCCAAAGAUUUUCCAAGAACUAUGGACCGUAAUGGGUGCUUCAGGAAAAAACAUCAAAGAAAGUAUCAACUUUGUUAUAGAGAAACUUAAGCUUUAUUACGCAAACACGACCCAAUUUAUCCAUGACCUAAUUAAUGGCGAUCCCAUUAAGCAUUUAUCAAGUAUUUUGGAAAAACUUGUUGAUACCUAUGAUGAUUACAUUAAAAACAUGCAUGUGUCUGCUUUAAAAUAUUUAGAAAAGAUAUGGUCAGGAACUCACGAUAUGUUGGUUGAUAAUUGGCAUCAAAUAUUAGCUGCUUUGGAACCUACUUUUCUUAAAUUUAUUCACUAUGGAGAGACUAUAAUAUGGACCACUGGAAAAGAAUUUUUAGAUUUUCUUUACACUCGCAAGAAUAAAAUCAUCGAAUCGGCAUAUUUUAUGGAGUUUACGAAAUUUUCACGAGAUGUAGAUAGAUUUUACAGGGAUAUUACUGGAAAUAACACCGUAGAAGCCAUUUAUAAAUAUGGCAAUAUCGCUUGGAAUUUUGUAAACGAAAAAUACAUUAAUCAUAUCCCAUUCGGGAAAGAACUUAAGGCAAUACUAUUGGAGAUCAUAGCAGAAUUAAAGCAACUUGGCGAUGUACCCUCAAUUACAUACGCUCUGGACAUAUUCAAUGAUAUGUUUGCAGCCGCUAAAUAUUACUACAAAUAUUUUGAAGUUGAAUAUAGAGCUCAUCGCCUUAUUAAAUUUCUAUACAGAAAGUUCUCAGAAAUGGCUUUAACGGCAUUAGAAUUGGACAACAGGCAAAGAGAAGCUAAAACCAAAUUUAUUUACGAACCUAACGAUGGCAUAAUGAUCUUAGAAGAAAAGUUACCGAUGUCUUGGCAUGGAUUUAAUGAGACUCCCCAAUUCCAGGAAAUACCUGAAAUUAAGGUAUUUUACGAUUUAUACAACUAUUUAGAAACAUCAGAGGCGUCUUUCUGGAACUUCUAUCACAAUUAUAUAUCCUACACAGAUCCGUCCGAGUGGCUGCCUCCAUUUAAAGGACAUGCAAUGCUAAUUGGAGGAAACAAUUUUAUCACAUUUGAUAAAAGGUAUUAUAACUUUAGAGGAAGCUGCACGUAUUUACUGGCAACUGAUUUUGUAAAUCGUAACUUCACUUUGUUGGUGUCAUAUAAUGAAAAGGGACUUUUUAAUGAACUAGUUUUAUUAAUAAAUAGAACUGUAGUUUCUAUAAAUAUAUUUGAAAACACCGUAACCGUGGACGAUUCUAUAACGGCAUUAUUGCCUCUCGAGAUAGGAAACAAUCAUUUAUAUCGAGAAGCCGACAUAAUAAUUUUAGCAAGUAACUCCGGAUAUACCUUAGAGUGCAACGUUAAGUUCCAGAUUUGUAUUUUCGAAGUUUCAGGCUGGCAUUAUGGAAGAACGGCAGGACUUUGGGGAAGCUAUAACAAUGAACCCUAUGAUGAUUUAACAUUUCCAAAUAGGUCGAGACCAAAUAUCGAUGAUUUAACAGGCUACGCAGACAGUUGGGCUGUAAGCCCUGGCUGUAAAACAAAAGCAUAUGAAAAUACUAAAGAGGAUAAGCCCGAUUCAAUGGAUAUCGAGUCGUUGUGUUAUGAAUUUUUUCACAACAAAGUGUCAGAUUUGAGUACGUGUUUCCCUACCAUACCAAAAGACGACUUUCUGAAAAUGUGUAUGAACAGUAAAACAACGUUGGAGGCAUGCAGAAGUGCUAUAGCAUAUAUCGAAAUAUGUCACAGACAAAACACACCACUAAAUAUUCCAGACUCCUGCAUUAUGUGUAGUCUGUCAAACGGAACAGAACUUAAUGAAGGAGAUUUUAUCAGAUUAUAUGGAAACACCGUACCCAAGACUGCUGAUGUAGUUUUUAUAGUCGAAGCCAAGAAAUGUAAUAAAGACUUGAAAAAUCAUAAAAACUUCAAUACUGUUGUCGAGUCAAUAAACCAAGAACUUUUAGAGUUAAACAUAACAAACAACAGAUAUGCCGUUGUUGCUUUUGGAGGAAAUGGGGUUUUCAAUGCGCCCAGAAGUAUUGUUAUCAAUUCAAAAACUUUUACUGAUUCCAAGUCAGUUUUAAAGUAUUUCGAUAUUCCAGUUGGAAACGGAGAACCAGACAUAUACAGAGCUAUAUCUUUCGCGAGCAAGCUGAUGUUCAGGCCAGAAGCGUCUAGGAACUUCAUAUUGCUUCCAUGCUCAGGAUGUUAUGAACAGAAUUUGCAGUAUGACUACGCGACCGUACAUCAGCUGCUUUUCGAGAAUGCUGCAUCACUUCACAUACUUAUUAAUAAUUCAUUCAAUGUAUUGCCUGCUGAACUCAGAAAACGGGAUAACAAAAUACCCUACGGAAUCGAUUUAACCAAGGCUUAUACGAAAAAAGAUAUAAAGAAGCUUGACGGUGAUCAAGCAUUAAGGAACUCAAUCAGCUUUACGAAAUCAACGUUGGGUCUAUGUCUUUCUCUCGCCUUAGAAACAAACGGUACGAUCUUCAGUUCGAAACACUUGGAGCUGCAGAAGAACGCAAAGAAAUUCUCAACAGUUUUAGCGAAAAGAGUGGCGUAUUCAGCCGUUCCCCGUGAUUGUACCGAUUGCGAAUGUACUUCCCUUCAUAAUGGUUUAUCUUACAUGGAGUGCACCCCUUGCACUUAUCCACGAAUUAAUAUGGAACACCAUCGAUCUACGACAAAAGUGGAGUUUUAUUAGUUUUAUUUUUAUUGGACAUAUCAACAACAGCUAUUAUUAUUUGAAUGAAAGUUUCUUUCAGAGAAUAAUAAUUUUCUUUCGCUUCAAUAAACUA